AUGAAGAAGUUGGAAAGCCCUGAUCUGUACCAUGUUGGCUGGAUUGCUGCUCUUUACCUCGAGAGGACAGCAGCACUCCUCAUGCUUGACGAGGAGCAUGGAACACCAGCCAACUUCGAGCAACGCACAGAUGACAAGAAUUCUUAUUCCUGGGGUCGCAUUGGGGAGCACAAUGUGGUUAUUGCUUCUCUUCAACCUGGGUUAUAUGGGAUCGUGCCAGCUGCUGUCACAGCGCAAAGCAUGCUAUUGUCUUUUCCCAAAAUCAAGAUUGGUCUUCUUGUUGCAAUUGGAGCUGGUAUUGCUAGGCCAGAAAAAGACCGUGAUAUCCGACUUGGCGACGUGGUUGUGAGCCAACCAAGUGGAACUAACGGUGGUGUGAUCCAGUACAACCUGGUAAAAGCAAAAGAAAACCAUUUGGAACGCAAAGGUUUUCUUAACAAGCCACCAGCCGCUCUCCUAAACACGUUAGGCAAAUUACAGGCUGAGCAUGAGCUUCCUGGACGUUCACUUGUUGCUUCCUUUCUCGGGGAAAUAGGGAGUCAAUAUCCCGAGAUGGACCAGUAUCUUUAUCAAGGGACAGAAAACGACAAGCUGUUCAAUUCCACUGAUAGGCAUCUUGGGGGCACUGAUUGCAGUAGAUGCGACAAGGCUUAUCAAGCAAUCCGACGAAGUCCACGACGGUCUACCGCACCAAAAAUUCACUACGGGACCAUUGCAUCUGGUGACAUACUUAUGAAAGACGGGGUUUUUAGGGACUGGAUAGUCGAGCAGCUGCAGCUAGAAGACUGCUUGUGCUUUGAGAUGGAAGCUGCUGGCUUAAUGAACGACUUUCCGUGUCUGGUGAUAAGAGGCAUUUGUGACUACGGAGACUCCCACAAAAAUGAUCGAUGGCAACGGUAUGCCGCCGCUGCUGCUGCUGCGUAUGCUAAGGAGUUUCUUCGAUAUAUUCCGGGCAGGGAAAUGGAGAAAGCCGAGAAAGCUACUGAUGUCAUGAACAGAGGUCAGUUUAAUUUUUCCUGCAAACAAACCUUCUAA